UGAGAUAAUAAAAGGCUAGGAGCCUCAAGGAUCUAGUCAAUCGAGAUCCCGACGUGAGCAAGGAUGGCGGCUUUCAAGGCUUUGUUUGUGGCGUGCGUGCUGGUGGUGAGCGCCCAGGGCCAACAAGAGGCCAAAAAGACUCAGACUCGUGGAAACUUUGGAGGUGGUGGAUUCGGCGGAGGAUUCGGUGGCGGUGGAGUAUUCCCAGGUGGUGGAUUCCCUGGAGCAGGUAUCGGUGGUGGAUUUCCAGGAGGCCCAGGAGGUUUCGUUCAACCGACCGGGUUUCCUGGAGGAUCAGUGGGAGGACCUUCAAUAGGACUCGGAAGUAGUGGAUGUCGUUACUGGUGCAAAACUCCUGAAGGACAAGCGUACUGCUGCGAGUCCGCGAACCAGCCUCCUUCCCAUCCCGUGGCUGCCAUCGUCGACAAGCCUGGCCUCUGCCCGCCAGUGCGCGCUGUCUGUCCUCUUCGGUCCAACUUCGGGCCGCCACAACCGUGCUCCAAACACGGCGAUUGUUUCAACGCGGACAGGUGUUGCUUCGACAGGUGCCUCGGUGAACACGUGUGCAAGCCGCCGGUGUACCAAUAAGUACACAACAUGAAGAUAUUCCGAUCAGCAAUUGGAUGGGAAAAAGUGAAUAAAUUUUUUGAAUAAUUAAUUAAUAGCACUUCGAAUUCGGGUGCCAUGUUUGAGGCAUUAUCAUUAUAACAAUUUUGAAAUUCUUACCUCUUCAAGCAAAACUGUUGGAAAAUUUUCACGCUUGUUGCGACCUUGAUGAAAGAAUAACAAUAAAAUUGUUAGCCGUCCUAUAAUGUCCCCAAGAUGCAAUGUUAUUGUUACCAUUUCUUCAUUAUGCAGAAAAUUUAAGUAUUUUGAAUGUCGAGAAGAAAAUUCAUCUCAAUUAUGAGUACAUGUAUGUCUUUUUACGUAUUUAUUCUCUGCAUGACAAUAUCUUAUAAAAGUCAAUUUGUAUUAUUCCAGCCCUUAUAUAAUGUUGAAUUUUAGUGUGAAAUCCCAUAAUUUGGAAAAGAUUUGGAAG